AGCUCCCAAUCAGGCAGGACGGUGAAGACCGUGGAGCAUCACGUGCCGCGGCGAGAUCGCCGCCAAGGCCCUAGAAGCCAGCUUCUUCCGAGCUUCAACUUCCCCGUUGUCUUAUGCCCACAUCCCGUCCAGCAGCCGCGGCAUCGUGCAUACAACAGCCUCUUUCUUGCUAGCGCAUUAGUCCUAACCUCCACAUUCUACAGAUACAACCUAGGUUACCAUCAUGACCGCCGACGAGGUCAAGCCGUCGCCAGCCGAGCCGGCGCAUCCCAGCGAGAGCACCAGUCACGAUGACGGACACGAACACGGGCGAAGCGCAUCGCCCGCGGCCCCACCAGCAACAGAUGAACGCGCCUCUCGCGAGCGGAGCGAAGGUGCCAUCUCAGAAGAUAAUCCACCGCUACCAGACGAGGAGGCGCCUCCCUUGCCUGAUGAGCCUGUGCCGGACGAGAACGACGAUGGCUGGAAGCCUUGUUGGGACAGCAAUGCGAACGCCUGGUACUUUUACAACAGCAAGACCGGCGCCUCGCAAUGGGAGAACCCACGUGUGCCUGAGGCCACCACAACCAGCUAUGCUCCGUACGACAGAACCUACAGCGCUGCUGCCCUGCCUUCAAACAUUGGCGCGCCCGGCACCAGCUCACCACCCAGGCGCAAAUGGGGAGGCUACAACCCUGCAAUUCAUGGAAGCUAUGACCCCAAUGCCGACUACGCAAAGGAGGCGACGGAGGAAGAAGAGGAGGCCGAGGAAGCUGCCAAAGCUGCAGCAGCACUAGCCGCAGGCUUGCCAAACCCAAGUGCUGCAAACGACUAUACAGCGCAAGCCCACUUCAAUCGCUUCAACGGCAAAUUUCAGACAGCAGGGCAAGGUCCUGAAAUGCACAACGACGAGAACAAGAGCAAGCGCCAAAUGACAGCCUUUUUCGACGUGGAUGCUGCAGCAAAUAGUCACGAUGGGCGUAGUCUCAAGGCCGAGCGCCGCGGCAAGUCUCUGAACAAGAAGGAAGUAAAGGCCUUCAAGGAAAAGCGCCGUGAGAAGAAAGAAGAGAAACGCCGUGCUUGGCUGCUUGAUUGAGUCGCUGGGUGCAUCUCAAUGAUUUGCGCGUUGGCACUCAAGGUAGGAUAGUAUGUAUUUGGAGGUGAUUGCAGACAUCCUAAUGUUGUUUCAUUAGCAUAUUCGACAUCUACGAAGACU